GCCUCUAGUGCUCCUACGGACUGCUAAUGGAUAAAUCUUGGAUAAAUAGUAGGCUGUUUAGCAAGGCCCAUCUUGAUGGGGUGAAGGAUUUCAUGAAUUUUGUUUCGGAGAAAUUUCAUGAGAGUGAAGAGAUAUUGUGUCCUUGUCGGAGGUGUUUGAAUCGGAUUCCUGGACAUAAAGGACUAGUGGAGGAUCAUCUAUAUCUUAAUGGGAUGGCUAGCACGUACACUCAGUGGAUACAUCAUGGUGAAUCUUUGUUAGAUGCCAGAACAAAUGAAUUUUCAGUCCAUGUAGAUGAUAAUACCGGUUUAAAUGAGGAUGCUUGUAUAGAUGAGGUUGAAGAGUAUGACCCUGAUGAUAGAUUACCUGAUAUGGUACAUGAGUUGUUCGCAGCAGAAGAUGGGGGACAAAAAUCUAUGUUUAGGGUCAUAUUGGAAGAGAUGAAGCAAGAACUUUACCCAGGUUCAAGUACCUCAAGAUUCUCAUUCGUGGUGAAAUUACUUCAUAUCAAGUCAUUUUAUAAGAUAAGCAAUGCUGCAUUCAAUGGAAUCUUAAAGUUGUUAGUAUCAGCAUUCCCAGAGUGCUCUCUUCCCGAAUCAUAUGCUGCAGCAAAGAAACUCAUCCGUGCAUUGGGACUUGGAUAUGAUUCAAUCCAUGUGUGCCCGAAUAAUUGUAUUUUGUUUCGGAAGGACUAUCAUAAUUUGGAUGAAUGCCCGGUGUGUGGUUCGUCACAAUGGAAAGAUGGAGAAGGCAAGAAACGAAUACCUCAGAAAGUUUUACGUCACUUCCCAUUGAUUCCAAGGUUGCAAAGGAUGUUUGCUUCUAAAAGUAUAGCUGAGGAUGCACAGUGGCACAAGUUGAAGCGAAAAGAAGUGGACAAUGAGCUUAGCCAUCCAGCUGAUGGUGAGGCAUGGAAGGACUUUGAUAGAAAGUACAAGUGGUUCGCUAAAGAUGCAAGGAAUAUUAGACUUGGCCUUGCUACAGAUGGUUUCAAUCCAUUUGGGAAAAUGAGCUCCUCAUAUAGCAUGUGGCCGGUGUUUCUUAUCCCUUACAAUUUUCCUCCAUGGCUAUGCAUUGAGCAAUCCAACUUUAUGAUGUGUCUACUUAUUCCUGGUCGAGAGUGCCCUGGAAAGGAUUUUGACAUAUUUUUAGAACCACUCAUCGAAGAGUUGCAAGAACUUUGGAAGGGUGUCCCUACCUUCGAUGCGUUGAGUGGAAAAGGGUUUCACCUACAUGCUGCUGUUAUUUGGUGCAUUCAUGAUUAUCCGGCCUUGAGCACAUUGUCGGGUAGAGUCACAAGAGGGUACUAUGCUUGUGUGCGUUGUGACAAAUAUCCUUGCUCCAGAAGAAUAAGGAAUAAGAUAUGUUAUAUUGGACAUCGUCGUUUCCUUGCAAUGGACCAUCCAUGGAGGAAAAAGAAAGAUUUUGAUGGACAAAUUGAAAAACUUGGUAGACCAGAAGAAUUUAGUACAGAUGAGUUGAUGCAGCAAUUGGAAAGCGUGAAAGAUGUUAGGCCAGGAAAGCAUCCUGAAAGCAAAAAAAGGAGGAGAGGUGAUAAUGAUGAUUGCCAAUGUUGGAAGCGAAGGUCCUCCUUGUGGGACUUGCCAUAUUGGUCAAGUUUGAAGUUGCGGCAUAAUCUUGAUGUAAUGCAUAUUGAAAAAAAUAUAUGUGAGGCAAUCCUUGGUACAUUGCUUGGGAUUCCUGGAAAGUCAAAAGAUACUGUUAAUGCUAGACUUGAUUUGGAAGACAUGGGGAUAAGAAAAUCUUUACACUUGAAACGUAAUGGAAAUUCGUAUACUAUUCCGCCUGCCCCCUAUACAAUGGAUAAAAAACAGAGGCUUGUUUUCUUUGAUUUUGUGAGAAGUGUUAAGUUCCCUGAUGGAUAUGCUUCUAACCUUGCAACUUGUAUAACUGCUGAUGGAUGCAACCUGCAAGGACUGAAAACUCAUGAUUGCCAUAUCCUACUCCAAAGGAUUCUACCUGUUGCCCUCCGAGGAAUCAUGCAUAGGGACAUCUAUGAGGCAAUUGCUGAACUAGGGAACUUAUUUCAACAGUUAUGUGCCAAGACUCUCAAGUUAGAUGUUUUGCAUAAAAUUAAAUCUGAGAUUCCAAUUGUUUUGUGCAAACUUGAGAAAAUAUUUCCUCCUUCAUUCUUUGAUGUGAUGGUCCACUUAGUCGUUCAUCUCCCUGAUGAGGCAAUCCUUAGAGGACCAGUACAGUAUGGAUGGAUGUACCCAGUAGAAAGAAGGUUAUAUACUUUGAAACAUUCUGUUAGGAACAUGGCACGACCUGAGGGGUCCAUUGCAGAAGCUUAUGUUGCUAAUGAGUGCUUGCUUGCUUGCUCAAGGUAUUUUGAUGACCUUGACACACAUCACAAUCGGGAGGGUCGGAACAAAGAACGUGUUGAUUUUAGAAUGGGUGAUAUAUCUGUUUUCCAGCAUGGAGUUAAUUUCCUUGGAACCUCCAAGAUUACAUAUCUAGAACAUGAUUAUGAAAAAAUGAUGUGGUAUGUGCUAAACAAUUGUGAGGAGGUUGCACCAUAUAUAGAGAUGUACAGGAAGGAGUUAGAGAUCGAAGGAAAUUCUAAUGUUGAAGAAACUAUUGAGAAGCAAUUUGCUUCUUGGUUUCACAAGCAUAUUGCAAAACGGCAAUUCAUUGAUGGAGAAGAUGUGAAUGCGGAUCUAUAUGCUUUAGCGUGUAAACCAGAUUUGCGAGUUAAAAUAUUUUUAGCAUGUCUUGUCAAUGGAGUUCGGUUCCACACUUUUGAUCGUGAAAAAAAUAGAAAAACACAAAAUAGUGGAGUUAUGGUUGAGGGCACACACAAUGGAGAAUGUAUUGACUUUUAUGGUUCCUUGGAAGAUAUAAUUGAGUUGAGGUAUAACUCAAAUUCAAGGGGUGAUCGGUCAGUAGUUCUAUUUCGAUGUCAUUGGUUUGAUACUGAUAGCAAGAAGGGUAGAAUGAAAGAUGACGGUUUUUUUAAAAGCAUACACCAAGGAAGUUGUUGGUACAAGGAUGAUUCUUUUAUUUUAGCCACACAGGCAACAAAGGUAUUUUACUUGGCAGAUACUAGGCAUAGUGGAAACUGGAGAGUUGUACAAAAAUUCACACAUAGGCACAUAUGGAAUGUGGCUGAAAAUUCAAGUGAUGAGAUGCCUAGUGUUGGAGGACUGUCAUACCAAGAUGAAGAAUGUGUAGGUUUUCAUAUUCAACCUAAUGAAGGAAAUUUGGACAAUGCACCGUUGAGUGAAGAAAAUUGUGUACAUGUUGAUGCAAGUGUGGUUGAUGAGCUUCGUCGCCAAAGAGAUGAUAUGCAAGAAAAUAAUUCAGGUUUAGAAGAAGAUGAAACUCAACUGCAGUACAUUAGUGAUGAUGAACAUCGAACAGUUCUUGACUAUGAAGAUGAAGAUAGCGAUGCCGAGUAGUAAUGCUAGUUUGAAACGUUGAAAUUCUGGAAUAUCUGCAUGCUGCCAUAAGAUUUCUCCUAGAAUGGUAUCUUUGUUGCUGUCAGCCAAGAGAAGUGGAGGACUUCGCGAGGAGGUUGAAUUCAAUUUGGCCUGAAAGAAUGCAUCUGGGACAGGACUGUAUAGG